AUGUUGUUCCAAGGUUAUCAUCAAACCACAACGUGUUGCGAGCCAAGAUGUAAACCGACUACUAGAAACGCUGAGUAUGCUUACUAACAUACGCUUAGGACGGUAAGGCUCAAGUACCUUACCGAAGAGCAAGAAGAGCCAUUUUAUCUCACCCUCGGUACUGUUGUGCCCCACGUGCGAACCGGCGGCGAUCUCGCAAUUGCUCAGGUGCGGGCAUCAGUAAGACUUUCUCCCCGCUACGGCACCUCGGACAAACCCGAAACCACCACCUGUAUUAUUAAUCACCUCAGGCCUACCGAGACUACUUAA